AUGGAAGAACUGUCGCCGUCUCAACUCGCUACAUAUUUAAGUAAAUUUUUGCUGGCCGUAAGGGAAAAAAACGGAGAAGAAUACGAGCCAACUACUCUUCGAGGUUUUAGAUCCUCAGUCGAACGUUAUCUGAAAAAACAUCGAUAUUGCGAGUCUGUAGUCACGGGACAAAGCUUUGCCCGAACAAGAGAAACACUGAGAUCGAAACAAAAGCAACUAAAGCGCGAUGGAAAAGGAAAUAAACCAUUCGAAGCCGCUUCUUUGACCAAAGAAGAGAUAGAAAUGCUUUACAGCAGCGGUGCUUUUGGUUGUAAUAGUCCUCAAGCUCUAAUAAAUACACUCUGGUACAACAACUGUUUUCAUUUUGGAUUACGAGGCGGGAAGGAACAACGUGAUUUAAAAUGGGGAGAUGUUCUUCUCAAAAAAGAUACGGAAGGUAAAGAGUACCUUGAGUAUAACACUGAGAGGCAAACGAAGACCCGAACCGGUGAAAAUCCCAUGAAUAGAGAAGAUCGAUCAAACCGCGUAUGUACGAAAAUCUUUCAGCUGGCCCUGAACGGAAUCCCGUAUUCUUGUAUAAACUGUACAAAGCUAAACGACCAGAGUCGUAUAUGGACAACAAUGCUCCAUUCUAUCUCGCCGUAAACCACGCGAAUGCCAGUAAGGCAGAUCUGCCAGGACUGAAAUGGUUCAAACCUCAACCAAUGGGUGUAAACAAAUUAAACUCCCUCAUGAAAGACUGUGCACAAAUGGCUGGAAUUGGAAAAGACAAGCGAAUAACAAUUCACAGCGCUCGAAAAACACUAGUUCAAAAACUACAAGACAACAAUAUUCCUCCACCCAAAUCGUACAAAUAA